AUGGUGUAUGACAUCCACGUACCUGCCCGAGGGCCUCAGGCUGAAUACUUAAGCCAUGUCCAAGACUCUGGGAUUCAUGGGAUCCAUUCUGAAGUCGAAUGUAUUAGUCCUGUAGUUCCAGAAAAGGAGUGCAGUGGCCAUAAGCUUAAUGCAAAUUGGUUUCUUUCGUCCGAGGCAUCUCUCAAGCGUACCCUUAUUCAAAUGUUAAUUUUUGAGCUACUUGAAGAUCAUUGUCGGGGAGUCUCUUCAGCAGCUUCUAGUGACGAAGACCAGGCUAAGUUUCCAGAAUGUAACAAGCAUGAAACUAGUGUGCAGCCUUUUUCAGGAAGAUGUGGUCCUGCUGUAGCUUGCCAAGAAAAUAUGUCAAGUUCUCAAGCAGGCCAGGGAAUUGAAAUUAAUCUAUUAUCCUCAUCUUCUCUAAGGAGUUCUGAGUGUGUUAAUGAUGCAGGCUUGGUUCUCCAGGAACUUUUAGAGCCAGGAGCCACCCCCGCCUCACUCUUUGGAGAAUAUCAAUCAUUUGAACAAAAAUCAUCUUUUUACCGUCUUAAUGGAGCUAUAUCACUGAUGGAGGACGACACCAAAACUGGGGAGCAGUUCGCUUUUUGGCCUACAGGAGACUCUGGUUUUCAGCAAAUAACUGGAAUUACAUCUCAAACUUGUGACAUUGAGCAUACAUCAAGAGCUUAUGGCGUUGAGACUGACUUUAGCGCAAGCGGAAAAUGGAAACACUGA